AUGAAGAUUCUUACAAAGGAAGAAGAGGAGGCGCACUACUCGGCUGUUCUCAAGGGUGGUCUUAUCGGAGGCUCACUUGGUCUCACUGUUGGUCUUGGAGGUGUUGUGCUCGCCUCAAGGCGAUAUCCUGCUUUCCGCGGCCUCACACUUCCCUUCAGGGCCUUCCUCGUCACAUCAUCCACUACAUUUGGCGCCAUCAUUAAUGCCGAUCGCUGGUCUAUGGACUUCCAGAAGAAGCAGAACCCCAUGAACUUCUACGAGGACGAAACCCAGCGCGCACAGCAGAUCAUCCGCGAGAACCAGACCACCAUGGAGCGCUUCAUGGAGUACGGCCGGGAGAACCGCUACUCCAUUGUUUUUGUCUCGUGGCUUGCCUCUAUGGGUGUCGCAUUUGCGCUCGUCAGCCGCUCACCCAUGAACACGGCCAACAAGGUCGUCCAGGCCCGUGUGUACGCUCAGGGCCUGACUCUCGCGGUUCUCAUCAUCUCGGCCGUUUUCGAGGUGAACGACGCCAAGAAGGGUGAGGGUCGCUGGCAGACCGUCAUGGUGCUCGAUCCCAACGAUCCCGAGCACAAGCGUCUCAUCGAGAAGAAGGUCCACAAGGAGGAGUACGAGGGCCAAGAUCUCUGGAAGGACAUGGUUGCCGCUGAGGAGCGACGAUUGGCCGAAAAGAAAACAGGGAACAAGGCUUAG